CACCCAACUCCAAGGUUGCCAUGAACCACACAAUACUCUUCCAAGUCUAAACCAUCAAAAACCCAACACUGAAGCUGAUCAGUCCUCUCCUAACAAAACAAUGGCUACUUUUCGUCUCACUUCGCCAUCUCUCAUAACACUCACAAAACAAAUACAACCCAAACUUCCAUUAAACUACUCUUCCUACAUUUCCUUAUGCCAGCCUUCUCGACUAUCCCCUUCUCUCAUUUGUGGCGCCUACAAAGUGGUGGUAGAGCAUGAAGGUGAAGCAACAGAGCUGGAAGUGGAUGAAGACGAGAGCAUUUUAUCGAAGGCGCUGGAUAGCGGGAUCGACAUACCCCAUGACUGUAAGCUUGGGGUGUGCAUGACUUGCCCUGCAAAGCUGUUAAGUGGGAAAGUUGAUCAAAGUGAAGGAAUGCUGAGUGAUGAUGUUAUUGAAAGAGGGUAUGCCUUGUUGUGUGUUGCUUAUCCAAGAUCUGAUUGUACUAUUAGAACUAUUCCUGAAGAAGAAUUGCUUUCUCUUCAGUUAGCUACUGCUAAUGACUAAUUUUGUACCAUUCUUGUAUUGUUAAAUUAUUGAUUUUUAUGCA